AUGUAUCCAGAUGAUAUCGACGACUUCCCAUUCUACCACCCAGAGCCUCGACAGAUAUUAGAGCGUCUGCCCGACUUCAAGCCUGGUGUCCUUCAUGUGUUUGGCAGUGAAUCGGCAUUAUCCAGUCCGUCUACACGGCUGCAAAGAACGGUGGAUACUGGCACGGGUGUGGGUGGUAGUGCGGGUGCAUCUAAAGAACGAGCCAAAGAACUUGUGCUUUCCUGUGGGCAUCUUGUUCCCAUGGAGCGUGUUCAAGAAACUGCACAGACAAGUGCAGAUUUCAUUGAUUCUGAGUUGGCUAUGUGGGAGAUUCGCACGUCGCGUUUCUUGAAUGCCUGGGCGGCGGUUCCUCACCAUGAACGGGUUGCUAUUGAUGAACAGUGGAAUGCUUGUAUUGGUUCCUGGCCCCAAAAGGAGAGGCUAUGA